AUGGCCCUGAACCCGCUACCCCUGGAGUUGCUUGCAUCUUGGUGGUGUCCUGCUUACCCAGCUGGUGUAGUGGCCAUGACUAUUUCAGCAAUGAGGGAAGAGGAUCCUACCUUGAACAAGUUCUUUGCCAUCUUGAACGAGCACUGGGCUGAUCAGGCUGGCUCCCAGCCUGAUGAUCAUGUUGAAAGUGACAGCGAUGAUGAUGGAGUCGUAGUGGCAGCUGCAGCUGCGGCUCCAGCUGAUGCGGCUCCAAUUGUGCCUCGAGGGAGGUUGGACCUUGGACCUGAUGUGGCCUCAUGCAGCCCUCUCCCUGCUGCCGCUGGUGAGGCUGAAGUUCCUUCCCCGCCCGUUACUCCAGCCCCAGUGCCCAAGUCUAUCAUGCCCCCACCAGCUUUGACGCCUAGCCCUGUCGCCAAAGCUACAGCUUUGAUGCCUCCCCCACCUUUGCCUUCCAAGAUCACACCCAGGAAUUUGCCAUUGCCACCGCAGAUUGCGAACCCCGAGGGCUUAUCUUCAGCUGACAGAACUCAUGCCCUAGCUAGAGUAGAAGCCCUGAAGAGUCUCCAUUUCAUUGCGUGA